AUGGAGUCAUCUUUCUCAUUUGGAGUGAUCCUUGCUGUCCUGACCGUCCUCAUCAUUGCUGUUAAUGUACUAGUGGUCGUGGCUAUGCUGCUAUCAAUCUACAAGAAUGAUGGUGUUGGUCUUUGCUUCACUUUGAAUCUGGCUGUGGCUGAUACCUUGAUUGGUGUGGCUAUCUCUGGUCUAGUUACAGACCAGCUCUCCAGCUCUGUUCAGCAUACACAGAAGACCAUGUGCAGCCUUCGGAUGGCAUUUGUCACUUCUUCUGCAGCUGCCUCCGUCCUCACGGUCAUGCUGAUUGCCUUUGACAGAUACCUUGCCAUUAAACAGCCCCUCCGUUACUUCCAGAUCAUGAACGGGUUUGUGGCCGGGGCAUGCAUUGCAGGACUGUGGUUGCUAUCUUACGUUAUCGGCUUCCUCCCACUCGGAGUCUCCAUAUUCCAGCAGACCACCUACCAUGGGCCCUGCAGCUUCUUUGCUGUGUUUCACCCAAGGUUUGUGUUGACCCUCUCCUGCGCUGGCUUCUUCCCAGCUGUGCUCCUCUUUGUCUUCUUCUACUGUGACAUGCUCAAGAUUGCCUCUGUGCACAGCCAGCAGAUCCGAAAGAUGGAACAUGCAGGAGCAACGGCUGGAGCUUACCGGCCCCCACGGCCUGUCAGUGACUUCAAGGCUGUCCGUACUGUGUCUAUUCUCAUUGGGAGCUUCACUCUGUCCUGGUCUCCUUUUCUCAUCACUGGUAUUGUGCAGGUGGUCUGCCAGAAAUGCUGCCUCUACCAAGUGCUGGAAAAGUACCUGUGGCUCCUCGGAGUUGUCAACUCCCUGCUCAACCCACUCAUCUAUGCCUAUUGGCAGAGGGAGGUUCGGCAGCAGCUCUACUUCAUGGCCCUGGGAGUGAAGAAAGGCUUCACUUCAAUCCUCCUCCUCUUAGCCAGGAAUGGUGAUCCAGAGAGGCCCAGAGAAAGCUCCUAUCACAUUGUCACUAUCAGCAACCCAGAGCUCGAUGGCUAA